UGGUUUAGCUACUAGCUUGCCAGACGAUUUAUAUGCCGGAAGUAAUUGUAAACAAACAGCAACUUUGGUCAUGCAUGAAAGUGGUAAAUGUUUGACGUUAGUCGAAUAGCAAAGAAGUACAACAGCGACCUAUUUACGGUGGUGAACAUGGAAGACGAAGAGCGGCUAACGUUAACGUUACAGGUCGGAGGGAACCCGGACUGGAUGUCACGUCUGCCCGAGCGCCUGCUGGAUGUCCCCCUGUGGAACCUGGCCAUACCCGGGAGCCACGACAGCAUGUCUUUCUGUCUGGACGUGUCCUCUCCGGUCCUGAGAUCACAGCCCUGUCUCCUCCGGGUCAUCGACCGGCUGUUCCCCUGCUGGACCCGACCCUGUGUCUACCGCUGGGCCACCACACAGCAAUCGGUCCUCAGCGAUCAGUGUGAUCUCGGUAUCCGUUUCUUGGACCUGCGGAUCGCCAGGAAGCCAGCAGGAGGCAGCAAAUUAUUCUUUGCCCACGGCAUCUACACACUCAUAACUGUGAAGGAGGCUCUGGAUGAACUGGCUACCUGGUUGGACGCUCAUCCGAAAGAAAUCGUAGUCAUUUCCUGCUCGCAUUUCGAAGCGCUGACCGACGAAGAUCACUUCCACCUCACCGACUACAUCAUCACGCUGUUCGGGAAGAAACUCUGCUCCUCGGAGGACAUUCCCACUCUGCGUUCCUGUUGGUCCAGAGGCCAGCAGGUCGUUGUUUCCUAUGGCAACCAGCAGAUGGUGCUGCAGCACCCCGAGCUGUGGACUGGAAUACCUUACUGGUACGCCGACAGCGCAGAUCCUAACAAGGUGAUUGCCUACUUGGAGGACCAGCAGCACAGAGGAAGACCAGCUGGUUUUUACGUCAGCGGUCUGAACCUGACCGAAGACGCUGCGUACGUCCUCCGCCAGGACAUGAGGAAGAUGACGACGAGGGCUCUGUCCCUUCUGCUUCGCUGGGCCGGCGAGCAGCAGCCGGGACGGCAGGCGGGCGGGGUCAACAUCCUCUGCUGCGACUUUGUGGACGUCAGUCCAUUCUGCUCGCUCGUGAUCGGCCUAAACCACAAACUGCUGGCGGCGACGCCUCCUGUCUGCAGGAUGCCGCCGCGAGCAUCUCGCUCGCAUGUCAUUGGCUGUUGUCAUAGCAAACAGACUGGAGAUUCAACGUAGGAAAACGCAUCGAACUCCGAUUCUCCACUGGGCCCUUCUGCGCUGCGUUUGUCCAUUAAUACCUGACGACAGACACCUCGUCGGGCAUUAAACCGCUUACACCAUGGCCACUUGCCAAAUAACAUAUUUUUA